CACAGCAGGAGUUCUUGGAAAUGUGCGACUUCUAACUCUGCUGCUCGCUUGAAGUGACAAAACGGCAUCUGUAUUCGUCACGUCUUCCUGCAACAUGUGAGUGUACACAAUGUGGUGAAAACAAGAGCAGAUGUCCAACUAGAGCGUCAUAACUAGAGAGAGCCUUCUCUAAGGUAGACGUCAGCAUGUCUGCAGUCUGGGUGAAGAUCUGUGGCAUUCUUUGUCUGUGCUAUGCAGCAGAGAUGAAAGAAGUGGUUUGGAGAGAAGUCGGAGAAUCCGUCACAAUCCAGUGUAGAUCCGGCACAAGCAAGCAUAUUUCUCUGCAUUUUAAAAGGGGCCUCCGGGAGGACAUGGAUAUUGCUCAAAUAAAUAACAAACUCAAAUUGAGAAAAAAUCAGAAAAGAUUAAUGCAUUUUUCCGAAAUUAAAUUGGAUGAGGUUAAAAAUAUGAUUGACAGAGUUCAGUUUAAUGGAACAUACCCAAACAUAGAUUUUCUUCUUAAAAACCUGAGUGUCGACGACACAGGAGCAUACUGGUGUCUGUAUUUGCAAGACACAUCAAACACCAGAGAAAUGAUAAAAGGUGGCGGAUCCGUGAUCGUUGUGGUAAAAGAAAACAGUUAUGCCAGAGCAGAAGCGGUGCAGGGCGCUGAUGAACCAACCAUGAACAUGCCCAUGCAUGUGCCGUUGGUGUAUGCUGUCCCUGCUGCAGUCCUCUUCCUUGGCAUCAUAUUGAGCUUCAUCAUUUGGAUCAAGCGCAGGACCAAGUCCGCUGACAUCACAGUUGAGCAGACGCGUGUCUACGCUGAGACCGCCAGCUCUGAUGUGGAUGAGGAGCAUGUCGAGGCUGAAGCUGAGGAUGAGACUGUGACGGUGCAGCUUGCAAAGCCGACUGAGUCGCUCAACACCUCGGACCACAGUGUCAAAAGUGAUGCGUGUUAAACUGCAUCGCUUGUCAGACCACCUGGUUUUCUAAACCAAGUUUUUGCAUGUGUGCAAAAGUGUAAGCUGGUGCCAUGCUUGAACAAAAUUGCUGAGUAUAGUUAAAGACGAAGGGGAGAAAAAAAAUCAUUAUCAUGAAUAGCAUUUACACCUAUAUUGUUUUGUCUUUGUAUGUUCCUUUCUUUUUUUCUUUUUUUUUUUUUACCAUUUUAGUCUCAGUUUUAAGAAAGUUUUACUUGUAUACAGUUAUGAUUUUAGAUAAGAUAUUACAAAUUAUUAAUGCAGGGAAAAAUAUUAAGAAUGUUUAUAUCUAUCAGGAAGGAAAAAAUGAAGGCGGAGACAAAACGUAAGGACUUUGGAGGAGAAUAAAGCAAAUAUCUGUGUUUUUAUUGUAUUUUUCUUGAAUGAUGUAUCCUUUUGACAAAGUCACACACUGUUACUCAUGAAUAAAGAAUACAUGUAAAGCAUGAAUAAUCUCAUGAA